GAAAAAGUAGCACAUUUGCAGACAGACAGGACUACGAGUGUGUUCAGGCUAGUUUUUAAUUUUUUUCUGAGCAUCAGGUUUUUGGGUUUUUUUGGGUUUUUUUUGAGCAUCAGUUGUCGUUUUUUUUUUUUUUGCGCAUCAGGUUGUACGUGUAGAGAUCGACUUUAAACCUCUACCAGAGGAGAUGUUCUGUUUGUUAGGAUUUUAAAACAAACUUUAAAAAAAGAAAAGGCUGUGUGAUGAUCAGAAUUUGAGCACACAUUUGUUGGGUCAUGUUUUGAUUUGCUUUUUACGCACGGGUUGUUUUGCGCACGGUACUCACGCAGAGAAACCGAGAGGUGAGCAGCGAUGCUGCUGGACGCGGGUCACCUGGCUCCGUUCGCCCGGCAUCACCACGCGGGUGAGUCACACGACAGGGACGCCAGUUUUGCAGAAGCGGCGCAUGUGGGCGCCUUCAAGCUGAGCCACGGCGAGCUGUCUCCGGGUCAGGGAGCUGCCUUCGGCCCGCAGGCUUCAGGCUACGCGGCUCUGGGCGCCUCAUACGGAGGCUCCGCGUUCGGCUCGGCCCGAGACUUCUUGUUGCGCGGACGCGGCUUUGCAGAUCCAGAGCGCGGCCUCUUCAGCCCGGCGACCGGAGCGCUUCAUCCCUCCCAUGCGGACGCGCAGAGUCAUCUGCUAUUCCCCGGCUUCCACGAGCAGCACAGCUCGACCAACAACGCGCUGUUCGCACGCCCGGACCAGUACCACCACCAGGUGUCCAACGCGCGGCCUGAUCCGUACGGCCAGUACGGCUUGAACGUAGCAGCCGCGCAUCACCAUCACCCUGCAGCCUUCUUCCGCUACGUGCGGCAGCAGUGCGUCAAGCAGGAGCUCGUGUGCAAGUGGCUCGAACCGGACCGCGAGAAGCGCCGCUGCGGCAGAACCUUCGGCACCAUGCACGAGCUGGUGGCGCACGUCUCCGCGGAGCACGUCGGCGGACCUGAGCAAUGCAACCACGUGUGCUUUUGGGAAGAAUGCCCUCGAGAGGGAAAGGCCUUCAAGGCCAAAUACAAACUGGUGAACCACAUUCGCGUGCACACGGGGGAGAAGCCCUUUGCGUGUCCGUUCCCGGGAUGCGGCAAAGUGUUCGCGCGCUCCGAGAACCUGAAAAUACACAAGAGAACGCAUACAGGGGAGAAGCCGUUUCUGUGCGAGUUUGAGGGCUGUGACAGACGCUUCGCCAACAGCAGCGACAGGAAGAAGCACAUGCACGUGCACACAUCCGACAAGCCGUACCUGUGCAAACUGUGUGACAAGUCGUACACUCAUCCCAGCUCUCUGAGGAAACACAUGAAGGUUCACGACGAGCAGAGUUCAGUGAACGAGUCCUCGCCGACCGGAAGUUCCGGUUACGAGUCGUCCAGUUUGGUGUCGCCGUGUUCAGAGACUCAGAGCACCACCAUGUCUCCAGACUCCGCCGUGCUGAACAGCAGCAGUCACAGCAGCAUAGCGUCCAACUUCAGCGAGUGGUACGUUUAGGAACCAUGAACUCCUCCCAGGCUGUGUCCAGAACUGUCAAGAAGUGCAGAAUGGCGCGAUUUGGGACACAGCAGGACUUCUGUGAUCAACAAUGUAGACAAUCCUCUAAAAUAUAGAAAUAUUGUUUAUGAAAUAAUCACAUACAGUGAUAUCUUAUGGACAAUUACAGGCUCCUUUGCCUACUCACUCGUUAAUGUUUUUAAUGCGUCCUGUGAUGACACCCCACCCCCUCCCCCUCGUUCCUCCAGUCAGUGGAACAAUCCCUUUUUCCACAACACACAAUUUUUCCACAGAAUUCAGUUUCCGUCGAUUAAAAAUAUUCACUGUAAAAUCUCCGACUCUACUCAGAGUCAAUUGUAUAUAUAAAAUAAAUGAAGGUUUAUCUCUUUUUUUUUUU